AUGCCACCGAGCACCAGAUCAGAAGAAAUAUCGCCACCAGUUGAAACAAAUGUGCGUCAGCGCCCAGGUGCCGCUUGUGAUGAGUGCCGACGCAGAAAGCUGCGUUGCGAUGGCCAGCAGCCACUAUGCGGCGUGUGUCGAGAGACUGGUGUUGUAUGUCAAGUGACGGAGCGUGGUCUGCGGGGACCAAAAAAAGGUCAUCUCAAAGCAUUGAAAAAUCGUAUAUCGCACUUGGAGGCCAUGUUGGCGAGCCGUCUUCCGGCCCAGCAAUUACCACAGGGCUCCCAGAGUAAUAAUCGAAACAUUGAGGAGUUGACGCUUUUGACGACUACAGAAGAAGCAGCGGAUACCGCAUUGGUUGCUACUACAGACUCCCCGCUGCCUAGACUGACUGUGAACCCUGCCUUUGAACAUGAAUCCGUUUUGACGAAUGGAUUCCCAUCGGUCUGGGGUUCUUCUUCUCAUGAGGGGUCGUUGCCGUCGACUUUCUCCCUGGUCUCUAACAUCCCUAUUCCGCUCACGGAUAGCUUGGGUGCUGAACUGGACCAACUUUACCUAGACCGUGUGCAUCAAUCAGUACCAAUUCUUCACCAGCGGCGGUUUCUGAACUGGUCCAAAUCAAGCACUAAGACGGCCUCGCAGAGAUGUUUGCAAUACGCCAUGUGGACGCUGGCAGCUUUACUGUCGUCUCAAUUCCGCGAGACUAUAGAGCCGUUGUAUCAGAAGACCAAGCAAAUGCUGGAAUCUCUCAGCGUCGAAGGCAACGGGUAUAGCAACGUGAGCACAGAACUUGCCCAGGCCUGGGUCCUGGUUGUGAUUUUCGAGUCGAUGCGGACUUAUCACCGCCAAGCCUGGAUGAGUGCUGGCCGUGCUUUUCGCUUGGUACAGGCAAUGCGCUACCAUGAAAUUGACCGUCCUGCUGACAAACGUGGUCCUUUGUCUCCUCGGUGUGAUGAUUUGAUUGAAGUUGAGGAGCGGCGAAGAGUGUUUUGGAUUGCCUAUUUUUUGGAUCAUGUCAUCUCCAUGCGCGACGACUGGCCGAUUACAUUAAAUGAGCAUGUGAUAUGUACUCGGCUUCCUGCGCCAGACGGGGAAUUUCAGAGCGGGCAGUACGAUCUGGGACCGUUCCUAUCCGAAGCCAUGACGGAACCUACUCUCAAAGCACGGUCCUCGUUCAACGAGUGUCUCAUCUUAGCUACUAUUUGUGGGCGUUGUCUACUUCAGAGUCAACAGCACCACAUUUCCAAGGCAUAUGGAGACAUGUCACUAGACCGGACGGAGCAACUUCGAUCACUGGAAAGCUUGCUGACAACUCGACUUCAAGCCUUGGAGCAAUACUAUCCGUCACCCACUGAGUUCUAUGAUCCGCUACUGCUGUUCGCCAACAUUCUAGGCCAAGCAACUGUGAUUUACUUCUGCAAAGCAAUGAAGGGCUCGACGGGAGAGUCUGCGGAUAUUUUUCAGUGGAGUAGCGAGCUGUAUACCUAUCAUAGGCGCGCUUUGGAGGCUUCUGGGGCAAUCAUCCUUCUUGCCACGACGCUGCGCGAGCUGCCUUUCUCCAAGGUAAGCGUAAUAUUUCAAUAA